AUGAUGUUGAAUCAUAUCACGUCUACCAUAUUAUCAGACGUGCGUAAGUCAAGAGCAAAAUACUCAUCCACACGCGUUGCAUGUACUAAGAACAAACACGAUUUAGAUCACUUCCGUAUCGCUUCAUUCGCAUAUAUAUUAUUGAUCCUCUUCCAGCCACCGAGUCAGUUGUCUUCAGAUCAUCUCCCGAAGAUCUACACAAUGCCAAUUCUUUCCAACUCAUUGGUGAUUGCCCUAUUGGUGGCGGCUCCAUUCCAAUGCCUCGGAGCUGCAGUGGACCCUUGUGCCGAGAAUAAGUUCACCCCUAGCUGUAUCGCACCCUGUUUGGUGGCUACCUACGACGAGAUCGUAGAUCUGCCCAACCACCCGGAAAAGCUACUGAUCGACGUGCGCAAACCGGAGGAGUUGAACUGUACCGGGAGCAUUCCAACUAGCAUCAAUAUUCCACUUGCUGUCGUUGGUCAAGAGUUGCAACUCGGCGUGGUCGAGUUCCAGUGCAAAUACAACCGAAGGAAGCCGGGCUUGAACGAUCCUGUUAUCUUCUCUUGCCGGGAAGGUAAUCGAGCAGCAGACGCUGCAAAUAUUGCCUCCAAGUUGGGGUACACCAAAAGAGCGCAUAUCUUCCGGGUUGCCCCGCCGCACGAAAACAUCAACAUCAUGGUAGGUUCGAUACUCAUCUCGCUGACCGGUGUCCUCAUAGUUGGGCCACUCACAUGCCUUGGAGAUGCGGAUCCCUGUUCUGUAAAUCCAUUCAAUAAAACCUGUAUCGCGGACAAUCUACGGGCAACGUACGAAGAAGUUAUCAGACUAAAAUAUAAAUUUGACGUGCUGUUGAUCGAUGUUCGCCAGCCGGAAGAGGUGGCAUGUACCGGUUCCAUUCCAACCAGCAUACACAUACCUCUUGCUACGGUAUCCGAUGAAUUACAACUCCCGACGAAUGCGUUUCUGUGCAAAUACGGCCGACGCAAGCCUGGAUUGGACGACCUGAUUAUCUUCUAUUGCCGUUCGGGGAAUCGAGCUGCAACUGCCGCCCUCGCCGCUGUUGAGUUGGGAUUCAGAAAGGUGAAGAACUACGUUGGAUCUUGGAUUGAAUAUGCUACGCGCCGUUGCUUAAUAUUGGACUGUUCUGGGGCAACUCCAGACUAUUGUAUUGAAAUUGAAUUAUUAUAUUCAUGACAUGAAUUAUUUUUUAUGGUUUAGUUUUGUAGUGUUUAGUUAGAUAGAAAUAUGGUUACAAUAAUAAACCAUCAUACUUAUUAGCAGGUUAUUAUUCUUUCUGUCUGCAUCACUAACACAACACUUGCACGAAGUAUUCUUCUUUACGUCGUAACGGAACUUUUAAUGCACUCUUUUGGUAGAUUUGGCAUUUGGUGGACUUCAGUUCGAUCCGUUCAAUUUACACCUAGUGUAGCGAACUUCUCAACUGGAUUAGGCCCUGGGGGCGUCGAAUGCUCUUAGAGGUCCUAUUUAACCGCUAACAGCCAUCUUGUGCGUGGCCUGCCUUAAAGGUGCCGGGUUUUUCCUGAUUAACUAAGUAGAGUACUGAAUAUUAUUCAUCUGUUGUUCUUGCGGCAUCCUUGCGACGUGACCAGUUCAUUUUAGCCUGCCAUGUGUUAUAGCUUGACAAUAUUGACCUACCAGCAAUCAUGUUCUUCGUCUUGCUGGUGUUGAUUGCGAGAUCAAUUCUCGCUGUCUCCAUUUUCAAAGGCAUGAAUGGUAUCGAUAUAAGGGCCCAUAUAGCCGAGACGGUAAACGCACGGGUAUUCAGCAUGACCAUGCUGAGGGUGACGGGUUCGAUUCCCGGUCGGUCCAGGAUCUUUUCGUAAAGGAAAUUUCCUUGACUUCCUUGGGCAUAGAGUAUCUUCGUGCCUGCCACACGAUAUACGCAUGCAAAAUGGUCAUUGGCAGAGGAAGCUCUCAGUUAAUAACUGUGGAAGUGCUCAUAGAACACUAAGCUGAGAAGCAUGCUUUGUCCCAAUGAGGACGUUACGCCAAGAAGAG